AUGGUAAGUCACGUGGACAGACAUGCCAGGAUCAUGUCCAACCUUAGCCGGUAUGAGAGUUGGGAGUCCAAGCAGAAUUACGAGAUGGACCAGACGAUCCGCGAUAUCAGCGAGAUUUUCGAGUCGAUGGACUAUAAAGUCAACAAGAGGAUCCAGAAGAGACAGCAGUUGCAAUCGCAAUCACAAUCACAAUUGCAAUCACAGUCUCAAUCACUGUCGCAGUCGCAAUGUCAGUGCAAUCGCAGAAAGCUUAAGCUUUCGAAACUGGCCAACCUCUUCGAUUUUGGCGAGGUCACUCGCAGGCAUAGCCGUUACACGGCUGCGGUAGCCGUAGCACAGGCCGUUACAGAUUCAAAUAAACGUGCAGGUACGGGCGCAGGCGCAAAUACCAGCUACAGUUUCCAGCCUGUAACCGGUAUCAGAUCGUCGUCAUGCGCUGUCGUUUCUCCGGGAAACGAUAGCCAGUCCGAAUCAGAUGAUGCCCUCGAGUCGGAACUAGCCUCAGGAUCAAGUUCAAGUUCAGGUUCCGAUGUUUACUCAGCAAUUGAUUACCAAAACCUUUUGGGGUUCCCACCGCCGAAAUACAUUGAACCAGCAUUGAAUACAACCCGCUCUGCCUCCUCGGAAAUACGGCGUAAUAAACAAGCCCAACUCCUGCUUCACGAUUUGAUAUCGGGUGAUAUAUGCGAUAUAUAG